AUGAUGAUCUGCAGAAACCUGGCAGGGUCAGAGGAGUUCUCUGAGGAGGAGCUGGAGCUGUGCAUGCUGGGUCAGGGGGAGGAUAACGAAGGGAGCGACGGAAACCCCAAGGACAGUGAGGGCUCAGCCAGCAGCCCCCCCAGCGACGAUCCUGAGGAGGGCCAGGCCAAGAAGCGCAGCCGCCCAGUCCGCUCCAAGGCCCGCCGUGUGGCUGCCAACGUCCGUGAGCGCAAACGCAUCCUGGACUACAACCAGGCCUUCAAUGCUCUACGUGUGGCUCUCAACCACGACCUUAGCGGCAAGAGGCUCUCCAAGAUUUCCACCCUGCAGAGGGCCAUCAACCGAAUCUCAGCCCUGUCUGUCUUCCUCAGCUCCAACCCCCCCAGUAAGCCCUGCUCCCACCGGGAGUGCCACAGGCCGGCUGGGGGGCCAUUGGCGGUGGGAAUGGUGAGGACGUCACGGCUGGACCCGCCCAGGGUGACAGUCGCUCCUCGCCAGGAGCCCCAAAGCUACAUCUCCUGGCACCAGGCAUCACUCCCCCACCAGAUAGAGCCCCAGCAGGGCACCCAUCCUCACAGGCUGCCAACAGAGACACACCUCUACAUGGACAGCAUGGGCUCCUCGUGUCCACCCUCACCACACUACCCCUGCUACUCCACCGAGGGCCAGUUGUACCCCUUACACGGACACUGUGGGAAAGAGAACCCCUUGGAGCAGCUGCCCAGCUCUAUCAGGUACACCCAGGUGGGCGAGGGGCUGGGGUACCAGACGGGGGUGUGGGCCUCCUGCGCUCAGGGCUACAUGGAUGCGUUUGUGGACCCGUCUCCAGCCUUGGGCCUCCCCUGGCAGGUGAGCUACCUCCAGGAGACAGCAAGCCCCCAGCACAACCUGUCCCUGCUCUGA